UUUCAUUUGUUAAACGCUAUAACCCAAUCACAAUCAGUUCAUCAUCCGCAACUAAAAGUAUGUAACUAAUUUUGCAUACAUACACAUCAUUUUGGAAAGACCCCCACCGAAGAUGAUCUCUGAUGGAUUAUGUACAUAUUAGCUUGCACGAUCACUAAUUGUAAGCGCCGAUUGAAUGAACCUGACGACGUGUGAAUUAACGUGAACUGUCGGCGGGAAAGAGAAGUCUGAAUGCUGAUUGAAAAACAGGAAUGCAAUUAUGGAUUGGAUACACUGCAACAACUGCAGCAGGCAACCUUGCCAGGACAAAGUCCUGCGAUUCCAAUUGACUAGCUGCGGCCACAUCUUCUGCUCGCAAUGUGUCGAGAGCAGCACCAACCCUGCGUGCAAAGUGUGCGGCUCGAAAUGUAACUGCCUGCCGCUGAGCUCAAACAUGCCUCCUGAGAUCCAGAGUUAUUUCUCUGACCCAGAGGAAACCAUCCGAAAAGCACUCCAAAUAUACGCCUUCCAGAAAGGCCACCGACAGCGUCUGGUCAUGCUGCGUGCCAAUCGGUCCAUCGAGAACCAGCUGUCUGAGGAGAAUAAGAAGUUGCGAGCAAAGAUGAUCGAGCAAGCCAAAUACAUCGCCAAACUCGAGAAUAAGUUGAUUCAAUUCAAGCAGAUGACAGCUGCUCUCCAGACGCCCCUGCGAAACAACAUGCACCUGACUUCCCCACGGACUCCUUCUUUCCUCUCGCCUGCGCCUUCAGUUAGCUCCCAAAUGACUGCUGGUUUUGGGCACAGCCAGCAGGCGGAGAAAAGAGUUUCGCCUCAUUUUGCUGGAACAUCAGAUAUGUUAAACUACAACAGAACGGGCAACGUGUCAGCUGCACAUGGAAAGGUUACGAACAGCAGAGACAUAAGCAACAGGCAGAAGUGCAGCCCAAGAGAACGGUUAGGCAACUAUACUCCAGAUUCUGGUAGAAGUGGGGGCAAAAUAUAAUAGAUUGCAAUCAGUCUUCACGCCUGUUGAAUUUGAUGGAGCCCCUCCUACACUGAUAUUGUUUGGCUUGAAAGUUGACUAGUGACGUUAACAAAUUGAGGAAAAUAUUCAACAUGUCUGUAAUUUUACAACUUCUGCUCAGCACAUCCCAUGUGUUGCGAGCUCAUCAGGUCCCAAUAACACCGCCUGCCCGCACCUUGACCUUUAAUUGAAACGCCUGAAAUUAAAUAUUAUAUGCCCCUGGAAAGGUGCGAAAAUUAGAAUGUUGAGAUUUUAGAGCUACUUAAUUAACCACCUU